AACAACAACAAAAUCAUUCUACAAUCAUAAUCAACGAACAAUAACGACAAAAAAUUUAUUCAAUCAAAUAUGGGCAAUAAUUUUUCUAAAUAUUUUAAAUAUUCAACUUUUGUUGACAACAUUUUCGGGUCAAUCAUCAUCGAUUUUUGUUACAUCGCAAAGAAUUUCAGCCAAUAUUGGUGAUAAUGUGAUUUUAAAAUGUGCCUUAGAAUCAUCAAUGUCUUCAUCAUCAUCAUCGACAUCGAUUUCAAUAAAUCCAUCUUCAACAUCAAAGUCGAAUAACAAUCCAAAUAAUAAUCAUCAAGCAGCAUUAAUUACAAAUAAAUUAACAUCUUUGUCAUCAUCAUCAUCAUCAUCAAUAUCAUCAGUAUUAUCAACCGAACCAUUCAUGAUACAAUGGUAUAAAGAUGGUUCAAAAAAUCCAAUAUAUAUUUUUUAUGAAAAUUUUGAUCCAACAUAUGGUGAAGGAUUUGAAGGCCGUGUAUCAUUGGUCGAUAAAAAUACCCAAGCAUCAUUAAAUUUAUCAAAUAUUAAAGAUAGUGAUCAAGGAUGGUAUGAAUGUAAAGUUUUUUAUCUAAUGCGUGAAAAUAAUGAUGAUGAUCCAAAUAAAAAUCGUACAAGAAUUUUAUUAGAAGUUAACUCGCCACCACAUUUUAAGGAAAAACCACCGGAAGCUGUUUUUGUUAAAACAAGUGAUUCAUUAACAUUACAUUGUCGUGCACAUGGUACACCUACACCAACUGUUCUUUGGCAAAAGGAUAAUUCUUUAGUUCAAAAUAGUGCCUCAAUACGUGUUCAUGGUGGUGAAUUAAUAUUAAAAUCAAUACAAAAAGAAGAUACCGGUACAUAUGUUUGUAUUGCUAAAAAUCGUCAAGGUUCAAUAUCUGCAAAUACACAAGUAUUAAUAUCAUCACCGGCUGAAAUUGUUAAUCCACCACGUAAUACAACUGUAUUGGAAAAUAAUCGUGUUGAAAUGUCAUGUGGUGCACGUGGUACACCAUCCAAUAUAACUUAUCGUUGGUAUCAUAAAGGAAUACUUAUAAGUCAAUUACCAAAAUUAGCACAUCGUACUAAAAUAAAAUCCGAUGGAACAUUAGUAAUAUUAUCAGCUGAACCUGAUGAUAGUGGUAAAUUAACCUGUGAUGCUACCAAUGGUAUUGGUGAACCAGAUACUGCCUCUGCUCAUCUUAGUGUUGAAUUUCCAGCACGUGUAACAUAUUCACCUGCACGACAAUAUCUACCUCUUGGUAUGUCCGGUAUUGUACGUUGUUAUAUACAGGCAUCACCACAAUUACAAUUUGCAACAUGGACAAAAGAUCAUCGAAUGUUUGAUCCAACAACAUUACCAAAUGUAGAAUUAUUAUCAAAUGGUUCAUUAUUAUUUCAUAAAGUAUCGCAAGAACAUCAUGGUUUUUAUCGUUGUACACCAUAUAAUCUACAAGGUACUGGACAAAGCUCAAAUUCAAUGGAAGUUAUUGUUCGUGAACCACCAAUGUUUAAAAUAUCACCACAAGAAUAUUAUGUAGCAUCAUUAGAUGAUGAUGUAACAAUGUCAUGUGAAGGAAUGGGCCAACCAAAACCGAAAAUCAGUUGGAGACGGGUUGGCAGUAAUGGAAAAAUGCCCAAACAUUCAUUUCAACGUAAUGGUAAUAUAACAUUGGUUAAAUUACGUAAAGAAGAUUUUGGUCGUUAUGAAUGUGUUAUUGAAAAUGAAAUUGCAACAUUAAUUGCAUCAACUGAAAUACGAAUGAAUGGUACAACGCCUUAUGCACCAAACAAUUUGACUAUCAAUACAAGUGCCUAUGCAGCAACAUUAAUGUGGCAACCAAAUUUUGAUGGUGGUCUACGACAACAUUUUACAAUCAGAUAUCGAUUAUCACAAGAUGAUGAUAGUGGUUGGAAAACAAUGCGUGUACAACCAUCCGAUUCAAAAGUAUUUAGCCUUUAUAAUCUACAACCAGAUCAAGAAUAUGAAUUUCAAGUAUUCGCAACAAAUUCAUUGGGUCGUGGUCCUGGUUCGGAUGUAAUAAAAGCUCGUACUAAAAAGAAACCUGAUGUUGAAUUAUCUUUACAAAAUAUUGUUUCACAAACGGAUCAACAAGAUAUAACAACAUCAAAUAUAAUACGAACAUUAGAUAUACCAACUGUAAUACCUGAAUCAUUAUCAUCAUCAUCAUCAAUAAAAUCAUCAACAAAAUCAACUAAUCAUAUUAAUAAUGAUGAUAAUAAUGAUAAUAAUCAUUCCAUAAUUACUAGUGGCAGUGGCGGAAGUAGUGGUAACAGUGGUGGUUUAUCACCAGGUUCACCACGUAAUGUUAGUAUUGAAAAAAUGGCACAAGGAUGGGUUGUUUCAUGGUUACCACCAAAACAUCCACAACCAACACCAGUAGCAUAUUAUUCGGUUGAAUAUCGUGAAGGUGAUGGUGAUUGGACAAUGUCUGAACAAAUUUCACAAGAUAAUGCUUAUCUAAUAAAAGAAUUGAAAACAUCAAUAAAAUAUACGAUACGUGUAUGGGCAUUUUCAAUAUUAGGAAUCGGUUCAUCAAGUUCAAUGAUUGAAUAUAAAAUAACAAAUACCAGUGGUAAUAUGAAAGGUAGCCGUGCAAUAACAGCCGGUGUUGUUGGUAGUGUUUUAUUUUUUGUUGCUGCAAUAAUAUUAUCAGUUUGUGCUGUAAAAAUUUGUAAUAAACGUAAACAAAGAAAAAUGGAAAAAGCUUAUAUGAUGGUUACAUGUCCGGUAAUGGAUGGUGUUAAUGGUACACAUUCACAUCAUGGUAGUCCAGUUACAUUGAAACAGUAA